CCGAAACCGUCAUAGAUAAAUGGACGUAUCUGGCGUCAUUCGGGGAUUUUUCACGUCUAUAAAGAAGACCGCAGAAGACGAUUUGCAAACUUAUUUUGAAAACGCGUCUAACGAUAAUCUAGAAGAUACUGAGGAUAAGAGGCCAAAUAAAAAGCGUAAGAAAAGUCGGAAAAGUAAUUUAAAUCGGUCACAUGAUAGUCGUAGCCUAUUCGACGAAUAUGACAACAGCAACAUACAAGCAACUACUAGCUAUACUAAGGAAGUGAAGAACGCAGGUAAAUCUAGAGAAAGAGAAGCUAUUAAAGAUCCAAAUACACCAUUCGUCCCAGGUUGCUAUCCAUUUACACCGGCGCCGCCCCUUGUCAACGACUAUAGUAUAAGCAAUUGUUCUAACGAGAAGGGAAAAUCAGUCCCCUGUACAACUGAUCCCGUUGACAAUGAGGAAUACAGAGAGUUAAAAGAAAGCUACAAAAAUCUCGUCUCUGUUAUAGAAAGGAACUCUACUUUUCAUAGUCAAGUUCAAGCUCGGAAUGAACGUAGAAUACAGCAUUUAGAACAGCAAGUAUUAAAUCUAACAGAAAGAUUGUAUGCGAUAUCUGAUCAAAAGGAUCAAAAGCAUAGUAAAGGUAAAAAUUCAAAGAUAGAACAACAGAAAAAACAUCAACGGUCACAAGAAUUCAAACAAUUUGCAGCCGAUCAACCCAGCUCAACACCUUACGUUUCAUCAUUGAAACAAGAUUCACUGAAGCUAAAAGAGAGUAAUUCAAAUGUUACUCAUGAUACAAAUGAAAGUAAACAACCAAAUAUGAAUGAUUUCUUGUCAGAGAUACGUUCAGUGAAACUCAAAAAAGUAGGUUUACCUUCCUUAAGUCAGUCUUGGAAUGGUAGUUCUAAAACUGAUGAUCAAUGUGUAUUUCCAUCUCCACCACCUUCCAAUAAUUACUCAUGCACACCAUCAAAUUACUCAUUCAAUGAUGUAUUUAUCGACAGACCCCUUACACUAUUCGAUGAGCUCAAUGGGAGGAUAAAAGAUACUAAUUGAUGCUAUCAUUGUAACGAAAAAAAAAAAGAUAUGUAAAUGUAUAUUU